AUGGAUUGGAAAAAGUCGGUUCAGAAAGCUACCGCAGUAACGAUCGAAACAAAAGACUAUGUUUCAUACUGCACAAUGGUUGAAAUGUUACUAGAACAGAAUUUGACCCACAAAGAAGAGGAUCGCUUAGAUUUAUUACGUUGCUUACAUGAGGAGCUUCAAAAAUUAGAACAUGAAAGGCUCACGAAAGAAAUUGCAUGGGAUGUCCUAGGAAUGUUGCUGCCAUUUGUGAGUGAUGGCUCUUCAAAGGAAGCACGGGAUUUUGUACAUUUUUUGGCAGAAAAGGGAAAUCCUAAAGAAGUUUUUUUAAAGUCUAAUGAAAUUCUUACGAAUACUGUGUUUCAAAAUCUGUCUCAGUUGGAGGUGACUAUAGAUUCAAUGAAUUUAGCAAUGAGCAGAAUUGAGACCAACAGGCCAUUGGCCUUUCUCGAUAAUUACAUCUUUUCUUUGUGUUCCGGGAUUACUAGAAUCUUACUUGUGAGAGAAAUUGACAGACUUCGCAUGUGGCAUAUCUGCUUGGAUUCGAUGGAAAAGAUGACACAACGUUUUGGGAAAUAUCCAGAGUGCCAUCCAAAUCUUACAGCAGCUUUCACAAUAUUCGCCGAGCAGUUCUUUUCAUUUGAAUGCUUAUGUUUUUCUUUCCGUGAACGAUUGAGAUCAAAUGAUCCUCAUAUAAAAUUCCGAAAUAAUAGAGUUCCUUACGAUGCGAAGAAAUUGCAAGAAAUGGACUGUAUUUUAUUACGAUUUUUGGAUAGUUUUGACGCGGUAUGCUCUAUGGGCGUAGACAAUUGGGAUCGGCUAGCAAAGUACUUUUACAACGAGCUUAUAAAUCCCGAUGAUACCCAAGGAAGCCAAUCUGUUCAAAAACAGGAAGAGGAAGAACAAGGAGAAGGGGAUAUGGACCAAAAAGUAGGCAUUGACUUCAAAGGUUGUGUCGCUAUGAUAACGAUUCGGAGUUAUUAUAGGGAAAGAAAUUUCUUGGAAGAGAUAAUUUACAAAAGCAAACAACCUAUUAUGCUGAAGUCGAUAUUCACGUUAAUGUUAAUGGAAGGAAAUUCCGACACUUCCUGUUUUAUAGAUUUAGCCCUUUAUCAAUCUUUGUUGCUCCUCAAUUUUAUUAUUGAACGUUCAACUAAAGAUUGUAAGGGUUUGUUCUCUUUACUGCAAACCUACCAGUACUUUUCGGCUUUCAAUACAGAACCUUGGAUUCGACUGAUCGCAAACGAUAUCGUGUUUUAUUUGUUAGAUUCUUUGCCCUUGGAUAGGCGCUUUACAUACGCGUUGGAUACUUUGGAAGAAUGCCCUUUCGAAAACGUUAAAGCUAGCAUUUUGAACUAUUACCAAAAGAACGGCGUGCUCUCUAAACCGGCUGAGAAUAAUCCUUUUCUCGAAAAAGAGAAUAUUUUUAAAGUUAUCAGCAUUAUUCUUGACGAUUUGUCCAACCCGACAGCAGAACCUCUAUCAUUAAUUUAUUUGCAGCAGGCAUUAAUCUUUAUGUACUACCUGAAAUUCCAAAACUGUCUGGAAUAUAACGAUCAAAUCCUUCAUUUCUUGAAAAAUAUAGAAAGUUUUAUUCAAAAAAACGAAGAAAAUGUUUCAACACAAAACUUUACUUAUUAUUUAAACUUAUUACAGCUGGAAAAAUAG